AUGUCUGGUAAGCGUGCUGCUCCCAAGAAGCAAGUUGAGCCUGUCACUCUCGGUCCCCAGGUCCGUGAAGGUGAACUCGUCUUUGGCGUUGCUCACAUCUUCGCUUCCUUCAACGACACUUUCGUCCACGUUACCGAUCUUUCUGGUCGCGAAACCAUUUCUCGUGUUACUGGUGGUAUGAAGGUGAAGGCCGAUCGUGAUGAAUCUUCUCCCUAUGCUGCCAUGUUGGCUGCUCAAGAUGUUGCUGCCAAGUGCAAGGAAGUUGGCAUCAACGCUCUUCACAUCAAGAUCCGUGCUACUGGUGGUACCGGUACCAAGACCCCCGGUCCCGGUGGUCAGAGCGCUCUUCGUGCCUUGGCUCGUGCUGGUAUGAGAAUUGGUCGUAUUGAGGACGUUACUCCCGUUCCCACCGACAGCACCCGCAGAAAGGGUGGUCGCCGUGGUCGCCGUCUUUAAGCGUCUCCUUCUUACCAUUCUACGUUUUUCACAUUUUAUGCCCUGUUUUGUUUAUUCAAUAAACACCGUAUAGGUUCAUACAUUAUCUCAUCUUUUUUUUCUUUCUGCAUUCAAUUUUGACUUGGCAAGCUGUGUAGCACUAAAAUGAACACCAUGUUGCAGAAUUAUUGGAAAGGUUGAUGAUACAGCAUGUAUACUGCAUCUUUCGAUAAAAACUCGAGCGCGACGGUAGCCGCGCGCAUAAAGCAAUCUAAUCUCUCUACGACGCACGUUACUGUUUGUGUGUGUAUGCACUGGGAG